CCUGACUUCCGGCGGUAUUUGGAGUCGAUUCUCCUAGCGGCCUGACCGUGCUUUCGUUGCUUUUUCGGACCUUCGGGACUCUUCGUUUUUUUUUUUUUUUUCCCCCAGCCCGAGGCUUCUCGAUCCUGGCGUAGAGGCAGGCGGCUUCCGCUUCACGUCCGUCCUCUUGUCUCCCUUCGCUGGCCAAGGACCGGUUCCCGGGAGCCGCGCGUGCUCCUUCCCCUUCUUCCCGUCUCCGUCCUCCCGUGCCGGGCGCGGGGACGCCGUGGAGCCGGGACAGCGGGGCCUCCGGGCCGUACUCGAGGCGGGAGUUUGGAGAGGAGGUAUUACAAAAUGUCAAAAAUAAGGAGGAAAGUCACAGUGGAAAACACCAAGACCAUAUCUGACAGCACAUCACGAAGACCCAGUGUAUUCGAGAGGCUUGGACCAAGUACUGGUAGUACAGCAGAGACCCAAUGCCGGAACUGGCUGAAGACUGGCAACUGCCUCUAUGGAAACACAUGUAGGUUCGUACAUGGCCCUUCGCCUCGUGGAAAAGGUUAUAGCAGCAAUUAUAGAAGGUCACCAGAAAGACCUACAGGGGAUCUCAGAGAAAGAAUGAAAAAUAAGCGCCAAGAUGUGGACACCGAGUCCCAGAAACGAAAUACAGAGGAGUCAUCUUCACCUGUUCGGAAAGAAUCUUCAAGAGGGAGACAUCGAGAUAAGGAAGACAUAAAAAUCACUAAAGAACGAACCCCAGAAAGUGAAGAAGAAAAUGUAGAAUGGGAAACAAAUAGAGAUGAUUCUGACAAUGGAGAUAUUAAUUAUGAUUAUGUUCAUGAGUUAUCAUUGGAAAUGAAGCGGCAGAAGAUACAGAGGGAGUUAAUGAAGCUGGAGCAAGAAAACAUGGAGAAGAGAGAAGAAAUUAUCAUUAAAAAGGAGGUUUCACCAGAAGUGGUUAGAUCAAAAUUGUCUCCAUCACCUUUAAGAAAGUCUAGCAAAUCUCCAAAGCGGAAAUCAAGCCCUAAGUCUUCUUCAACUGCCAAGAAAGACAAGAAGACAUCUGCAGUGUCUUCGCCCCUGCUGGACCAGCAGAGGAAUUCAAAAGGCAACCAAAGUAAAAAGAAAGGGCCACGCACUCCCAGUCCUCCCCCACCUAUACUAGAAGAUAUUGCUCUGGGGAAAAAAUAUAAAGAAAAGUAUAAAGUGAAGGAUAGGAUAGAAGAAAAACCGAGAGAUGGGAAGGACAGAGGACGAGAUUUUGAAAGGCAAAGAGAAAAAAGAGAGAAGCCAAGAUCCACUUCCCCAGCUGGACAGCAUCAUUCUCCUAUAUCUUCUAGACAUCACUCAUCAUCCUCCCAAUCAGGAUCAUCUAUUCAAAGACAUUCUCCUUCUCCUCGUCACAAAAGAACUCCUUCACCAUCUUACCAGCGGACUUUAACUCCAUCUUUACGACGUUCUGCUUCCCCUUAUCCUUCACAUUGUUUGUCUUCUCCUCAGAGAAAGCAGAGUUCACCAAGGCAUCGCUCCCCAGUACGAGAGAAGGGGAGGCACGAUCACGACAGAACUUCACAGUCCCAUGAUCGACGGCAUGAAAGGCGGGAAGAGACUAGAGGCAAAAGGGACAGAGAAAAGGAUACAAGAGAAGAACGAGAGUAUGAACAGGACCAGAGUUCUUCGAGAGAUCACAGAGAAGACAGAGAGCCUCGUGAUGGCCGGGAUCGGAGGGAUGCUAGAGACCGCAGGGAACUGAGAGACUCCAGAGACAUCCGAGACUCUAGAGACAUGAGGGACUAUAGUAGAGAAACCAAAGAAAGCCGAGACCCCAGAGAUUCGAGGUCCACCCGGGACUCGCAUGAUUAUAGAGACCGUGAAGGUCGAGAUACACAUCGGAAGGAAGACACAUACCAGGAUGAAUCUCGGAGUUAUGGCAGAAAUCACUUGAGAGAAGAAAGUUCUCGUUCUGAAAUGCGGAAUGACUCCAGAAAUGAGUCUCGGAGUGAAAUUAGGAAUGACCGCAUGGGUAGAAGUAGGGGAAGAGGACCAGAGAUACCUGAAAAGGGAUCUCACUAUGCUGUCCAGGGUGGCCCAAUCAUCCUGAGUGGAAGUCGAGGCACAAGAAGUUCUCAAAUUGAUAGUCACAGUAGUAGUAGCAACUAUCAUGACAGCUGGGAAACUCGAAGUAGCUAUCCUGAAAGAGACAGAUACCCUGAAAGAGACAACAGAGAUUCUUCCUUUGAGAGAAGACAUGGAGAGCGAGACCGUCGGGAUAAUAGAGAAAGAGCUCCUAUGUUCUACACCUCCUGCUGCCCCUAUCCUUUGCCACCAGUGUUCUCAGGUCCUGCUGGGGGGACAGAGAAGAUCAGAGAUCAAAGACCAAGCUCACCAAUACGACAUCAGGGGAGAAAUGACGAGCUUGAGCGUGAUGAAAGAAGAGAGGAACGAAGAGUAGACAGGGUGGAUGAUAGAAGAGAUGACAGGGCCAGGGACAGAGAUAGGGAGCGAGAACGAGACAGAGAGCGGGAGAGAGAAAGAGAACGUGAACGGGAUCGGGAAAGAGAAAAGGAAAGAGAACUAGAAAGAGAACGGGCCAGAGAACGGGAGAGAGAAAGAGAAAGGGAAAAAGAAAGAGACCGUGAACGAGAGAGAGAUCGUGACCAUGAUCGAGAGAGAGAAAGAGAGAGGGAACGAGACAGGGAAAAAGAAAGGGAGCGAGAGAGAGAAGAAAGGGAGAGGGAGAGAGAGCGAGAACGGGAGAGGGAGAGAGAGCGAGAGCGGGAACGAGAAAGGGCAAGAGAAAGGGAGAAGGAACGAGAACGCCAAAGGGAGUGGGAAGACAAAGACAAGGGACGGGAUGACCGCAGAGACAAGCGAGAAGAUAUCCGAGAAGAUAGGAAUCCCAGAGAUGGGCAUGAUGAGAGAAAAUCAAAGAAGCGCUAUAGGAAUGAAGGAAGUGCCAGCCCUCGGCAGUCACCUAAGCGCAGGCGUGAACAUUCUCCUGAAAGUGACACCUACAACAGUGGAGAUGACAAAAAUGAAAAGCACAGACUCUUGAGCCAGGUUGUACGACCUCAAGAAUCUCGUUCUCUCAGCCCAUCACAUCUUACAGAUGAUAGGCAGGGUAGAUGGAAAGAAGAGGACCGUAAGCCAGAAAGAAAGGAGAGUUCGAGGCGCUAUGAUGAGCAAGAACUGAAAGAGAAAGUUUCUUCUGUAGAUAGACAGAGAGAACCACCAGAAGCCAUGGAGAACUCAAGAGUACGUGCCCAGGACCUGAUUGGCCACCACCAGUCUGAAGAUCGUGAGCUAUCUGAUCGAGCUCAUGAUGAAAGUAAGAAAAAAGCAAAGCUUCAGAAGAAACCCAUUAAGAAAAAGAAAGAGGAUGAUGUUGGAAUAGAGAGGGGUAGUAUCGAGACAACAUCUGAAGAUGGUCAAGUCUUUUCACCUAAAAAAGGACAGAAGAAGAAAAAUAUUGAGAAAAAGCGCAAAAGAUCCAAAGGAGAUUCUGAUAUUUCUGAUGAAGAAGCCACCCAGCAAAGUAAGAGGAAAAGAGGUCCACGGACUCCUCCAAUCACCACCAAAGAGGACCUGGUUGAAAUUUCUAGUGAUAAGGAUGGCCCGCUAGAGGACCCUCUGAAGAAGGAAGACACUGCCUUUAGUGACUGGUCUGAUGAGGAUGUGCCUGACCGUACGGAAGUGAUGGAAUCAGAGCACACAGUUGCUGCUGCCACUGCGACUAGUACCCCUUCACCUCUGUCUUCACUUCUUCCUCCCCCUCCUCCUGUGUCCACUGCCACUGCGGCAGCCUCAGCCCUCACCUCCACCCCUGUGCCUGCUGCCACCUCUGCCACGCCCACACCCACCCCUGUCACUCCCUCCUCCUCUGGCAGUGCUACUUUUGCUGGUGAAGACUCACAUAGAAAAUGCCACAGAACACGAGUGGAAAAAGUAGAGGCUCCUCAUGUGACUAUAGAGGACACCCCACACCGUAAGCUGGCAGACCAAAAGAGGAGCAGCAGCCUGGGGAGCAACCGGAGUAACCGGAGUCACACCUCUGGCCGACUGCGUUCCCCAUCCAAUGACUCCGCCCACCGCAGUGGGGACGACCAAGGUGGCCGCAAAAGAGUGCUGCAUAGUGGCUCAAGAGAUAGGGAAAAAACAAAGAGCUUGGAAGUCACAGGGGAGAGAAAAUCUAGGAUUGAUCAAUUGAAGCGUGGAGAACCCAGUCGAAGUACUUCUUCUGAUCGCCAAGAUUCAAGAAGCCAUAGUUCAAGAAGAAGUUCUCCUGAGUCAGAUCGGCAAGUCCAUUCAAGAUCUGGGUCAUUUGAUAGCAGAGACAGGCUUCAAGAACGGGAUCGAUAUGAGCAUGAUAGGGAGCGGGAGAGAGAGAGGAGAGACACACGGCAGAGAGAAUGGGACCGAGAACUUGAUAAAGAUUGGUCACGGAAUCGAGAUCGGGAGAGACUGCGGGAACGGGAGAGAGAACGGGACAAAAGGAGAGACUUGGACAGGGAAAGAGAAAGAUUAAUUCCUGACUCUAUGGAAAGGGACCGAGACAGAGAUAGAACUUUUGAGAAUUCUCAAAUAGAGUCUGUGAAGCGCAGUGAAGCAAAACUGGAGAAUGAACAUGAAAGAGACCUAGAUGGCGGUUCCAGAGACUCUGUAGCCUUGGAUAAAGAAAGAAUGGAUAAGGAUCUGGGGUCUGCACAGGGAUUCGAUGAUAUGACUAAAGCUGAGAGAACGGAAAGUGUGGAAGCAGGAGAUGAUGAAUCCAAGUUAGAUGAUGCACAUUCAUUAGGAUCUGGUGCUGGAGAAGGGUAUGAGCCAAUCAGUGAUGAUGAACUAGAUGAAAUUCUGGCUGGUGACGCAGAAAAGAGAGAAGACCAGCAGGAUGAGGAGAAGAUGCCAGAUCCUUUAGAUGUGAUAGAUGUCGAUUGGUCUGGUCUUCUGCCAAAACACCCCAAAGAACCACGGGAGCCUGGAGCUGCACUCUUAAAAUUCACUCCUGGAGCUGUUAUGCUGAGAGUUGGGAUUUCCAAAAAGUUGGCAGGUUCUGAGCUGUUUACUAAAGUCAAAGAAACAUGUCAGAGACUGCUAGAGAAACCUAAAGAUGCAGAGAGUCUUUUUGAACAUGAACUGGGAGCUCUCAACAUGGCUGCAUUACUACGAAAAGAAGAAAGGGCAAGUCUUCUGAGCAAUCUUGGACCCUGUUGUAAAGCCCUGUGCUUCAGGCGGGAUUCUGCAAUCCGAAAGCAGCUUGUUAAGAAUGAGAAGGGCACAGUAAAGCAAGCUUAUACAAAUGCUCCAGUGGUAGACAAUGAAUUACUACGGUUGAGUCUUCGAUUGUUUAAACGGAAGACUACUUGUCACGUCCCCGGACAAGAAAAGACUGAAGAUAAUAAACUAGCACAGUCCAGUAUCCCACAGGAACUGUGUGUGUCUUAAGACCGAAGUUGAGUAUGACGUUUGUGGUAUUGUCUUCCAUGUGCAGUGCAAAUUUUUCUUUCAGAGUUCUUUGAUUUGAAAAACAUUAUUAGUGACAAAGGCAGAAAAGUCUUAUCAGCCAUGCUAAGGGUGAAGAACUUUGAUCUGUAGAGACACUAGUUUUGACCAACUUAAGAUUUUACAAUGAUUUUUAUACAACCAUUGAUACUCAUGCAAAAUAAUGUUGAAAGCAUCUAAAUUUAAUAGUAUAGUCUGUACUUUUUGUGAAAACUGAAGAUUUUGGAAAUUGGUUGUCACUGCUCUUCCAGCCUGUGAAUAUUUUUUAUGAAAUGGAACCACUGAUUUAUAUUCUGGAUCAUCCAUACAGAAACUGACUUUAUUCAGAAGCAAGGUGUUCAUCCAAGUAACUGCACACAUUGUACUGGUACCAUAUUGUAAGGAACAUUGGAAAGGGAAUGUUUGUCUAUCAUAGUGUGUUUUAGGCAAAUCCCCAUCAGAAGAAAGCCAGAUUUUUUUUUCUCCUUUUAAAAGUUCUAAAAACAUGGGUCUUUGAUUUUUUUUAAUGUGUGUACAUUCUUACCGUGUAUAUUGGAUAUCUUUGGAUUCUGAAUGGGUGUUUUUUUCUGGUUGUUCAUCAGAGACUAUGUACUAUUUUUAUUUUUUAAUAAAUGUACCUCCUUUUUUCUUGUUCUUGAUUUACUUUACUCUUAUUAACUAUAUUCCUAAUGUUCUAAAACAUGUAUUAUCAACACUACAAAUUCAGAUAUUUUCCUGCUGUUUUUGCAUUGAACAGUUGAUGGAAUGGUGAGAUAGGAGUUGAGAUACUUGAAGUAUAGCUCAGUGAUUACUGAAGCAAACCAAGACUUAGCAAACCUAUUUAGUAUUGAAAUCCUACCUUUAGGUUUUUCACUGCUGUAUUGCCUUUAGUUAUAGUUGACUGCCUCCAUCUUAUACAAUGUAAUGUUCUUUUCUAAAGUUGCAGAAUAUUCGUUUUUGUUCUUUGUACAUGUUUAACUCAUGAAAUAGACUCUUCAGAAGAAUUUUAAAUUGACUACAAGCUGUAUAACUUGUAGGCCAAACAGUAGUAAUAGGAGUAGGAGUAGUAAAGGAAACCAGUUAAAAAUUUUAAUUUGAUCAUGGCCUUUCACAGGUUUUUGUUAAAAUGGUAAGCCUAUGUUACCAAUCUUUAAUUUUAAAUUUUCUUCUCCUAAAGGUUACAUAAUGACACUGGUGUAAAGUUCCUGUUCAUUUCAAGAAACAUUUAUUAUACAGCUAAUUUGUACAUGAUAUCCAGUAAAGGAAAUAACCUUAUUUUCUAAUGACUUUGAAAGCAUGUAUAAGAAAAUGUAGGAGAAAAUAAGUAAAAUUUCCUGUUGUCCUUUUCUUUUCCUAAAUGUUUUGAAUAAAAAACAGAACAGAAAAUUAUGAUCUUGGAAAAUGAAUACCCUUUAAGAAACCCAUUCUGAUUUCAGGAGAAUACUGUUCUCUGUAGCAUAAAGAUGUAAAGCCUGAAAACAUUAAGGAUUAAAUAAUACAAUAGAGUCUUAGACCAUGUAGUUCCCAUAAUGCUUCUUCCUCUUGUCUACUGAGUUUGGGAAAUUUUUCCAAAUUAUUUAUACCAUGUAGUUAAAUCUAUUAUUUAAGUAGUUAUACAAAGGAGUUGCUGUUUAGCACACCAGUUUAUGAAUAGCAUAUAUCUUGAUUAUUGUCACCUCUUUCAACAUUCUCACUCAUCCUUCUCCUCUCCACUUCCUACCUCACUCUUCUUAACUUUGUAGGAUAUAUAUAGGAUUCUCUCCUCUUUUUGUUUUUUAUUUUUAGAUGAUACUGGGGCUUGAACUCUGGGUCUUGGAGCUUGCUUACUAAUUAGUUAAGUACUCUUAUUCCGACCACAUCUCCAGCCCUGUGUUUGUUUUUCUGGUUAUUCUUUUAGAUGGAGCCUACCUGCCUGAAUGUGAUUCACUUAUAUUAGGCUUCCUGCCGUUGCUGGGAUGACAGUCUCUGGCACCACUGUUAGUGGGGUGAGGGGACAGAGGAGACUGGGAGUUAUUUUCGCCAGUGGGCUACGCAAGAUAAUUCCCAAAGACUGAGCUCCGAUUACAGUUGAGAUCAGGCCGAUGUACCUAGAAAGGGGGAGGAGAAUGUUACAAGUGGGUGGUAUGGAAAGUACUGAGACACUCAACCUUUUUGAAGAACAAAAUGAGGGACUUUUGGCCACUUGGAAAAAAGGAACUAAUACCUUUUCCUUCAAGGGAGGGGUGCAAAACAGCUGACCACAAUCUGUUAAGAAACAAAAGUUACAAAUUGAUUACAAAAAUACUGUUCUGGAAGUGUGUUUUGUAACAGUCUUAUUAGCAUAGCAACUUACCUCUGUGUUAAACCACAAAGUUUUCAGUGAUAAAGCUGCUAGGGUGGCAAACUUGAACAUGAGAGAGUUGUUCUUUUGCUUUUUACUGAAAGUGAGACACUGAGGCUAACGGGAAAUGGGUAAAUUUCAGAAAUUCGUAAAUUUGACCCAUUCACCACCACCACGUCUAGCUUCCCAUUGGUAAAGAUGCACUUUCUGCCUAGGCUGGCCUUGCAAUUUCCCAAUCUCAUUAUCAAAUUGCUAGGGUGGUUGUGAGCUACCAGCGGCCAGCUUCACUGCUUUGGUUUUAAACCUCAGUAUUACCCCCAUAUUAAAGUUCUAAAGCAAAUCUUUUAAUUGAAUUUUUCAUUAAAAUUCUUGAGCCAGAAAGUCCCCACCAAAUCAGUAUUUCUGAAAAUUGCCUAGUCUAUAAAGUAUUUGCUAGUACACUUAAAGGUCUUGUCUCAUAAGUUUGUCUGUUUGCUGUAAUUGUAAAAUUGGAUUGAAGUUGUAAAUAGAGAAGCAGAAAUAUUUCUGCAAUCCAGAAUAAAUGAGUGUUGACACAUAAUUAGGUUAACUCAGUUAACUGUUUGAUGUUAUUUUUGCAGCCCUCAUCAUUUAGUAAAGUACUGUUAGUAGCAAAUGUGUAUUUCAUAGAAAUAUACAUAUAUUUGAGUAGUAAUUUAAUAUUUUGGAAAAUCUUCUUCACUUCUCUUUACUAUGACCAGUGAAUGAAUACAGGUUAUCUUCUCUAUCCGC